UCUCUGCGUCGAACGCACGUUGUGUCAUCAUCCACGCCGCGCUGGCAUUGUUGUAACUCGCGGGUGACAGCGACAAGGGCAGUGCGCACCGCCAGUCACAUCACACGGCAAACGCAUCUCCCUCUCGUUCUUUGCUGAGAACACCGCACGACAAGAUGGGAAAGAAAGGAGGCGCAGCCGCCAGCGAAAAGGCCGCAGCGGCCAAGGCACGCAAGCAGCUGAAGAAGGAGCUGGAAAAGGCCAAGAAGGAGCAAGCCAAAGAGGAUGCCAAGUGGGUCGAUAACGACCCGAGGCGGAAGAAGGCAGAGCAGCGCAAGCAUGAGCGCCAAGAAAAGCUGGAAGCCCAAGCAAAGCGCAAGGCAGAGAACAGAGCGUUGCUUGAAGAAGAGGAGCACCAAAUUGAAAAGGAGAUUCACAAGGCAAAGGGGAAGAACAAGCCCAACAACCUCAAGAAGUCCCGCGCACAAUUGGCACUGCUGAAGAUGGAGCAAGAAAGAGAAGCGAAGCGCAAAGCAAAAGAGGCCGAGCGCGACAAGCAGAAGCUCACUGUCCAGCACUUUGCAGAAGAAAACCCAAACAAGUCCGUUGCCGAGCACGUGCAGGAGCAGAACAUCACGGAGGCGCGAACAGUGGAGGAGGCCAUCAGCGUCCUGCGCAUUGGCGGGGCGCAAGCGCUGCCGACCAAGAGAAUGUCGUACGCGGAGUUUGAGGAGCAGAACUUGGAGGCCUUCAAGGCGGACAACCCGACGCUGCGGCUGUCGCAGGUGAAGGCUGCUGUCAAGAAGGCCUGGCAGCGCUCCCCGUCAAACCCGGCCAACCAGGCAUAGACAGGCCAGCAAGCAAGCAGGCGUGGCGUGACUUUAACAACGCUAGUCAAUGCUCAUACGUCUCUCUCUCUCUCUCUCUCUCUUUGUCUCUACUUGACCAUCUCCACCUUUUCUCCCUCCGACCAAUCUCGACUCGGCUGCAGCUCGGAACACCUCUGUUCUCAUAGCGCCCACUUUGUAUCCAGCAACAACAUGCAACAACAACAUGUGUCCUACUUUCGCCACAUUCUGUUCCUUCCCUCCCCUGCUUGUUACUCCCAGUGUUUCACGCGUGUGCGUUGUUCACUGGCACGGGUGCAUCGUACUUUUCUUCGUGUGUGCACCGGUUCCUUUGCACGUGUGGCAUAGUCCCCGACGUUCCAAUCAUCUCCACCCAACUCGUAUAUGUCCACUGUUCAUGUGUUGCUGGGUUUCAGACCCUCUGACACGUGUGUGUGUGUGCGCAGACAUGUGUGCGUAGUCUUUCCUUGUUAGCAUCAAAUUUCAUUUCGUCUUGUGUUCACGAUAAGUCCUUACCUACACCCCUUAUUUGCUUUCCUUAUCUCCCUUUGACCUUUACUUUGGCCUGUGCCAACACUUGCGCAAACACACACACACACUCGGCUCCUUCGUUUGUCCUUACUUCUCUGUUGAAAGCAUAGCAGUACAUAUCACGUAGUCGGUCGUCCAGCAUUGUGGAGCCCCAUCAACAAAC